UCAGCACUGACACGGCUGGUGCUCCCCACUUUUUAAUUUUGCAUUACUUGCGAGAGAGACUUUUCUCAACUGAAGCUGUGUGGAAAUUAGAGCUUUUAUUCUCCGUGCCUUUUCCAUCAAACAUAGCUGACACAGUAGACUGCUUCUUGGGGGCUCUGUGCUGCUUGAAGAGGAUUUUUUUUUUCCUGGAUGCAAGCUUAGUCUAUAUUGGUGACUUGCUGCGGUGGUCAUUUUCUGUUUGUACCUAGCACUGCUGGCUCCAGAGAAAAGUGGAAUGCUCUCCUUCAUGGAGUAGCCACAAUCAUUUUCUUUCCUGCAGAAUAAUCCAGAACACUAUUCUACAUAUUCGUUAUCCUUAAAUUGAAGGUGAUCAGUUUAAAAAAAAGGACCAUUUCUCUUCUAAGACAGACUAAACCGCUUCAAAAUCUUUUUCUAGAUCUGUGGACGUCAGCUGGAUAUACCUUUCGACCUCUUUUUGUACUUUUAUCAUCAAAUGGAGUGACGGUUUCUUGAGACAGUUUUGAGCCACCUCGGCACCCCUAUCCUGGAAACAUGGUUUGUUGUUGUCAAAUUUAGUUUUGAACCCACAACCCACUGCGUUUCAUGAAGAGGUUUGGCAGCCUGAGGAGGAGCAAGAAACGGAAGGAGCAAAAUGGGCUAGGAGGGCGGCAUCAGUCCGAGUCAGCAUGUCUUUCUGCCUCUGGACUCUCCACACCACCCACCACGCCAACCCAGGCGUCCAGCCAACCGUUGUUUACCCAGGAGGCCCAGCCGAGCAGACCCAGCCCCGAACGCCUGGAGGCGAGCUAUCGAUCCCGUUCGAUCUCCACACCUCCGGACACAGGACAACGCCUCAGCCUUCCCUCUGCUAAACCACCGAUCCCUUCCUUGAGCCCUGUGACAUCUUACGCUACCUCGCAACCAGUCUACGGUUUAUUCGAAGGCAUGCUGGAGAAACUUGAACUAGAUGAUGACGCUGCUGAACCUGAAAGUGAUAUUUACAUGCGCUUCAUGAAAUCCCACAAGUGCUAUGACAUUGUCCCCACAAGCUCCAAGCUGGUGGUGUUCGACACAGCGCUCCAAGUUAAGAAAGCGUUCUUCGCCUUGGUAGCUAACGGUGUGCGAGCAGCUCCGCUAUGGGAUACAGAGAAGCAAAGCUUUGUGGGAAUGCUGACAAUCACAGAUUUCAUCAUCAUACUACACAGAUACUAUAAGUCACCAAUGGUGCAAAUAUAUGAAUUAGAGGAACAUAAGCUUGAGACGUGGAGAGAGGUUUACCUACAGGCAACAUUUAAACCUCUGGUCAACAUAUCGCCUGAUGCAAGCCUGUUUGAUGCCGUGUACACCCUCAUCAAAAACAAAAUUCACCGCCUGCCUGUCAUCGACCCCGUCACAGGGAAUGCACUUUAUAUUCUCACACACAAGAGGAUCCUCAAGUUCCUCCAGCUUUUUAUGUGUGAAAUGCCAAAGCCAGCAUUCAUGAAGCACACUCUCGGGGAGCUGGGCAUUGGUACGUACCACGACAUCGCUUUCAUCCACCCGUACACGCCCAUCAUCAAAGCACUCAACAUUUUUGUGGAGAGACGAGUGUCUGCCCUCCCUGUGGUAGAUGAGUCGGGAAAAGUUGUGGAUAUUUACUCCAAGUUUGAUGUGAUUAACUUGGCUGCUGAGAAGACCUACAACAACCUGGACAUUACAGUGACGCAGGCUCUGAAACAUCGCUCCCAGUACUUCGAAGGGGUCAUGAAGUGCCAUAAGAUGGAAACCAUGGAGACCAUUGUGGACAGAAUAGUCAAAGCAGAAGUGCAUCGGUUAGUGGUGGUGGACGAGCACUCCAGCAUCGAGGGCAUCGUCUCCCUCUCAGACAUCCUCCAGGCCCUGGUGCUAAGCCCUGCAGAUGCCUGUAAGGAAGAGAACCUGGCUGGGUGAGAGGGAGGACGCAGCAGCUGGACUGGAGACGUGAUGGGAGUAAAUAAGUUGAAUGGUAUGGAGCGGGAGGCUGAGCAGAGCCAGUCUGAAGGUCCCAGAGACGCCUGCAACUGAUGCACUGUAGAGGCUUGGAAACCAAAGAGCUAGAAAGAUGAAUGAAGUGAAGUGGAGUUCCUGCACUGAGGAUUGAGUUUUCUGAGUGUUUUUUUUGUUUAUUUGAACACUGAUCAGAUGCACACACACAGUAUACUGUAUUUAUACACACACACACACACACACACACACACACACAUACACAGAGAUGCAUUAUGGUCAUCUGCUGGGGAAAGGUGGGAAAGUCGAGACUGGUUCUGAUCAAUUAGUGCUUCUGUGUUUUGGGUUGUGUAGUCACGAUCAUGCUGCUGUCAUCUGUUGAUUUUUUUUUUUUAGUCUCUAUUUGUAGUCGAUACUUAAGGUUAUCACUUUUUGGUAUAUGGUGUAGAAAGGUGGACAUUGAGAGAUGCAAUUUAUUGUUUGGUAGCAAAACUACACUUUACCUGCAAUGUGGCCAUUAGUUUGCCAGUGCCAAUAUAGAGGGAUUGAUGCCCAAUAUUUAUUUGUGCCUUUUUUGCUCUGCCGACAGCUGUUAAAACCGACAGUGAUUGUGUCCUUUGACUUUUUAUUGUCAAAUGAUUAAUUAUUUGGAUUUGUUUUAAUAAAUGGUUAAGAU